AAUUUAUGGAUGUAAAUCAAGUGAAUAUAUGUUACUGAUAUUUAUUUAUUUAUUGACAUUUUGUUGGUCUAAUGUUGUGAAAUAUAACCUCGUUGCUUGGAACAAUCAAGAUCAUAAUUACUACGUAACAGUAUCAAUCUAAGUAAGGAGAUUUAAUUUAUUUUCCUUAUAAUCUGACAUUCCAGUGUAAAGUAAUCCAUAAAUAUCAUCGCAGCUUAUUUUACACUGAACUGGUGUUGAGUGGUGAUAAACAGUAAAGAUUAUUACCCGACUUCAAUAGAUACUGAAGUUUAAAGUGUGUUCUGUAUUUUUGUGGUUUAAGAACCUUUCUUGCAAAAUUUAAAAUGCGUAAAGUUAUUCAUAUCAUUUUACGUGCAUGCGUGUAUAAAUGAUAUAAAAGGGACAUACGCUACACAAAGGCGUGGAAGACUGUGUAUUCUGGAGUUAACAGGCAUGGAAGAAUUUUAUAAGGUUAACGGGCUUUUGCAACAUACAAUUUGGAAGUAAAACGUCAGUUUUCAAUACUAAUUAGGUAGUGUAGAGAAUUAUAGCCCCAUCUAUAUCAACUGUAAUAAUGCAUACUGUCAGUUUGACUUAAUAGUGUGAAGCUUAAUUUCUGCUUUCAUUGCGUACUGUUACAUAUUAAACUGCACAAUGAGACGACACACGGAGACAUUUAGCCUAAAUCAACAUGCUAAUUGCAAGAAGAAAAAGCUUUUUCUCCACAUGACAACGUAAAGUUAAACCGAAACGUUGACUCUGAUAUUGACAUUUGUCAAAGACGAAGUAGGCAAACGAAACUUACAAAUUUUAUAAUAAAAUCUACUUCUCUACAAACCUAAGGGGUCAUUUUAAGUAGUCAUACAUAUAAAUGAACUGAUAAAAUAGUGCAAAUGUAAGUUUGGUAAUGUGGGUUGUGAGCUGCGUCAUCACUGGUGAGAGACUGUGAAGCUUAUCAGUUUAAAACAUUUUGAUACUUCAAACUCUGUCAAUUUCGGGAAGAAGAAGUUUCGUGCACGAAGUAGACAGCUAUGUGACGUAUCUGGAAUAAGAUUCAAGUAAUCUGAGGGCGUCUGUACAAGGUUUGGAAUCGAUUAAUCAGAAUGAUACCUUACCGACAAGACGCCUCCCUUCAAUAUUCGGAGCCAGUGCAACUGAAAGAGGACUGAUAGGAUACGCUGGCUGGACUUCGAAAGGCGUGUGACAAGAGGUAUCUUUCUCCGUCCCGGAUGUUACAGCCACAAACAAAUGCAAACAGAGAUCUGCUGACAUCACACACAUAUCCAUUUUCCUCUCAGCUCCAAGAAGAUCACUGCUUCAAUGGGGCAAAUAGUAGACUAGUACUGUUGUCUGCACCAAUAGAAUGGUCAUAUUGGCAACUCUGCUCUUCCUUCAUGGAGCAGGCUUGGUUGGGUCGAUGCCAGGAACAGGUGCCCCUGAGAACAUCACCAUUGUGUUCCUGAGCCCAAACUCUGUCAAGGUGUCAUGGGCAACAACCAUGGAUAAUGUAGAAAAAUAUGAUGUCAAUUACAAACCUACAAAUGCCAGUUACAGAACAUCAGAUGUGGUUGCUGGAAAUUCCAACUUCAUCACUCUCAGAAACUUAGAACCAAGCACACAGUAUCAAGUUACAGUGGUUGCUGUCAAGGGAGGCAAGAGGUACCGCAGCAGACCAACUAUAUUCCUUACAAUGGAACCUCCUGAACCUCCAAAUACCUCUGCACAGCGUCACCCAGACUCAAUCAUUACAGGGGUACCCACUACAAUUCCGUCAAACAGUGAAGAGAUACCCAGUUCAAAAAACCCACAGCAGAACAUUGAAGUGCGGGGCGUGGAGGUGGGUAUUGUCCUGCUGGUUCUAGUGGUCUGGAUAGCAGCCAUUGCACUCUUCUUCAACCGCUGGGGAAAGAUUCGCAUGCUUCUACCAUAUCAGCCUGACUACAAAGAGCAGCUGAAGGUGCCAGGCUCUGGUGCAUGUGCUGUGGCAGCAGGGGGUCCUUGCCCUGGCCAACAGCAUGGUUCAAACCAGGGUUGCCCCCAGCAUCUUCAUUGGCCAUCACAUCAACAUUUUGACUUGGACCAGUGGCCGGGUCGUUCAGCUCACCCUGCAGGCCGACCUCGAGUCAAUUCAGCCAUCUACAUUAGUUCAGCUGUAGGAGCAGGAGGACAUGACUCAGAAUUCAGUCGCCUUCAACCACUCCGUUCAGAAUUGUGGCGGAGAGCUCGAAGUGCCGAGAACAUCCCUUUAAGUGGUAUGGAGCCACUGCAACAUUCAUUUCCUGUUGCUGGCUGUAAUAGAGUGACCCCAGCAGUGCUUCCAGUCUUGUCUGUCUCUGGCCCCUCUCCUCCAGAACAGCAGCUGGAUGAGCAUUUCUGAAUACAUCUAAAGCUCCUGUAAGGUCAUUCAAGUUAGGAACAAAAACACAUUGUUUUUCGUAUGUUGUCAGUUCUUACUUGUUUUUGCAGUGUGUGGUAUAUCUCUGAUUUCUGUUAUUGAAUCUCAUGUGAUCUCAGAUACCAAAUGUUCCAAGCAUAUACUUACUUAAUUAACCUUUACAGAGCUAGAUCAAAGGACCUAAUAUGUAAGUAGAGUCAUGAACUUCUUUUAAUUUUGAAUUACAAAGAUAAAGUGAUUAUGAUAGAUAAUUUUCAGGUAUAAAACAUUUAAAUUUCAUACUGGUAUAGUUUUCUGCUCUUACGACCAGAGGGCUGUUGUAAAUAUUAACAUAUGCCAGAUGUGUAAGGACAUUUUAAUCAAUGCUGGUGUAUUAUGAAAUUCUGUUAUACUUUUUAUCUGAUUUGUUUUGACAUUGCAAGAGUAUAUGUUAUGACAGUUUAAGUUGACUUAAGUUUUUACAGUUACUGAAUUCAUUUAAAUCCUUGUGGGCAAUCAAUUACUUUAUUGCAGAGUAAAGCCUUAUGGUCAUGUCACAUCUGUCCUUAAUGAUGGAGGCUGAGAUAGUCUCCAAAAUGUUUGCUUUUACACCACAGUAACAUGGAUGACCGAGAGAAUUGCAUUGGAUAUGAGAGUUGUUGAAAAGAGGUAUGAAGAUAUUACUUUCUUAAUCUUAAUAUAUGUAUACUGGUACUAUUAGCCAGUUUCCAUGUCUUAAUGCAGAUAAGGCUGUAAUUUGAAUGGUAUUGACUCUGGAUAUUGGCCAAAUCUCUAUCUUGCCAAACUAAGGAGUACAUACAUGAUAAUAUUACUAUGGUGUAAAAAAAGAGGUAAAAUAGUUUUGGCAGCAUAUCACAAAUCAGACAUAUUUAAUAUUAAUGAUACUAGAACAGAUGAAUCCACAAUUUGAACUUUUGCAGCCAUUUCACAAAAAUGGUUUAUUGUAGUAUAUAUAAUUAAUAUAAAUGUUUUUCAAUGUGGACUCCUGUAAAUUUUUAGAACACUGAGAAACCUAUUAAAAGCUAUUGAAAUCUAAUUUUUUUAAGGCUUUUAAGAAAAUCAGUGUCCACAUUUGAUGAUAUGCUUUUUAGUCAUUCAUCUUCCUGGAUUACAGGUAAUGACUGUAGGUAAGAUUGAAGUACAACCAAAUUUUUGCAUAUAAUAAAUUAUAUUUAUCUGCAACUAAGGAAAUGAUCAAUAUUUAUUUUGUUUUGGAAAUAUGGAAAUGUUCCUUGAAUGUUUCCAGGUAUCAGAAAAUGAAAAUCACAAUAUGUCUAAUAAUACUCCAUUUGCUUGUAUAAAAGAAAAUUGGAUAAAAAUGGAUUUGAGAAAUUUUAGAAGAGUACAGCUGUCUAGUUUCCUUUCAAAUACAUUGAACAUUUUUACUUUUCUGACAAACCCAAACAUGAAAAAUGGGCUAAUUAUUAGUCCAAGCUUUUUUCAGCUGUGUUAAUUAGACAGUUUAUUUUGUAAACAUUAUUUUUGUUGAUUCUUAUACUGUAAUAACAUAUACAAUCUCAAUGUCAUCCCUGCUUCUGAGGUCACAUUAGGAAUAAUAUUACUUGCUCCCUUAUGUUUUGAAUGGUUCCUGAACAGAGCAAGUCCUUUGGGGUAUGACUCUAGGUAGGACCCAUAGGAAGUUCCCGAUUCAUAUACAAACAAGUAGAGACCCCAGCAAGACAAGAGUUUUUCUUCCUUAUGAUACUCUAGCAGUGCAAAGAGUGGUGUGCACAAGAUAGCAAUACAAAUGGUUGCAAAUUUUUUCACCCCUCAGGAAGUAUUCUGUACAUGAGUACACACUUAAAUGUGGUAGAAUCUAGACAGUUUGUUCUUGUACAUUUAUCAUUUGGAUCCACUCCCAUUUCAUACAUAAUAUGUACAUUUUUUCAGCAAGUUUUCCUGUAAAUGAUUUCAAGCUUUUGCAUUAAUUCAUUAUUUAUGUUGAUCAUGCUUUUGGGUUGUGGCACUAUGUAGAAGUUGGCAUGUUGUUGACAUUACUGAUGAUCAUACUGAAAGCAGAAUCAGCAUCAAGUUUUCCCAUUAAAAAUGCUUUGUAUUCUUUGUACUAAAGAUUCAAUUUUUCUAGAAACUAGAAGCUUGAAGGAUGAAGUAUCAAAACUUGUCUUUUCAUUAAUUGUCAGUACUCAUCUAAUGUUGCUGUACAUCCAAUGUUCUUCCUUAAAAUUGUUAGUAUUGUGAGUUACAAUAACUUAUGAUGGACAGUGAACAUUAUUUUGCUACAACUUGUUUUAUGUUUUUUCACUUUCACUUAUGAAGCUAUCUAUCCAUAACAUAAACAAAUUACUGUUAUUUAUUCUCAUCACUGUUUCCUUAGUUACUUUCAUGUGUUUCAACUCUUAGUUCAUAGAUUAUUAUCCACUUCUAACAGUUUUAAUUUUCUCUGUGAUCCACUGACAAACACAUCUGUUAUGUAUAAAUAUUUUCUCCAGUUUGCCCAGACAAUUUAAUAUUUCUCAGCAUUAUAUAUAUUGUGAGUCAUCUGUUGUAUCAGUGGGAACUGAAUGGUAGAUUCUGAAAGACAGUGAGUUAUAUUAAAAAAGACUUUCAUAAUGGGCAUUUUAAAGAAUGAGAAUGAAUAAAAAUAAGGCCAGUAUUUACACAGACAUAUUUAUUUAUUGUAAUAUUCAAUUUGUUAUGUAUUUUUCCACACUUUCUUGCCUAUAAGAACUGGAUGUAACCCUUCAGUGUAAAUAUGCAUAUAUUUCCCCACAGGUUGCCUUGUUUUCUACUCUGAACUAUUUCCAUGUAUAUUCUUCCUUCACCUGUUAAAACAGUUUUAAUAGUUAUACUGUUGUUAAAUAGAAACUGUUUGAAUAACAGAGUGAUAACGACAAAAAAAAAAAAAAAGAUUUCUGAAAUGCAGUAAUGUGAAGUGAUUCUUGGAAAACAAAAGUGAACUUCAGGAAUGUGUGUACAACUGUAUGUCUGAUCGACCAUCCUAAGAACAAUAUCUGCAUCAUCAGUGAAUUGGACAAAUGAUUAAUAUGGUUAAAAAGAACUUAUUUAAUGUGUCUGUAAAAGUUGAUACAAUGUAAGUGACAAAAGAAUACAAAAUGUGUAUAAUGUAUGUUACUGUACUUCUAGCAUGAUAUCUUCUACCAACAAGGAUUAAGAUAUGUGA